AUGCACAUUCUCAUCACCGGCGCCGCCGGAUUCAUCGGCCAAUUGCUAGCCAAAGAGCUCCUGAAUGACCCCGCCUACCGCGUCACUCUGACCGAUAUCCAUCCGCCGCUAAUCCCCAAAGGCGUGCGCCACCCCGAGAAUGCCACUGCGGUGAAGACGGAUCUCUUUGCAGGUGCAAAAGAUGUAGUCGCCACCUCCCUCGACGCCGUUUACGCGUUCCAUGGAAUCAUGUCGUCGGGAUCUGAGGCCAAUUUCGAUCUGGGGAUGAGCGUCAACGUGGACGCCACGCGCAAUCUACUCGAGACGCUGCGACACACAUGUCCCGGGGUACGGGUGAUCUACUCGUCCAGCCAGGCCGUGUAUGGCCAACCGCUGCCCGACGUGGUGAACGACAGCGUGGUCCCGACGCCCGAGUCCUCGUACGGCGCCGAGAAGAUCGUGUGCGAGACACUGGUCAACGAGUACACGCGCCGCAAGUUCAUCACGGGGUUCACGCUGCGGUUCCCCACCAUCUCCGUCCGCCCCGGCGCGCCCACCGCGGCGGCCUCAUCGUUUCUCUCCGGGAUGAUUCGGGAGCCACUUGAUGGCAAGGAGUGCGUGAUCCCCAUCGAGGACCGGGCGUUCAAGUCGUGGCUGUGCUCGCCCAAGACCCUGGUGCACAACCUCCUCCUGACUCUCCGGCUGCCCGCGGAUUCCGUCCCGCCGCAUAUUCGCCAAAUCAACGUACCUGGGAUCUGCGUCACGGUCCAGGGCAUGAUGGACGCGCUGGCGAAGGUGGGUGGCCCGGACAAGCUGGCCCUGCUCAUCGAGAGGGAGGAUGCGUCGCUGGUUUCCAUCCUCAAAUCCUGGCCCACGCAGUUUGACAACACACAGGCCAUCUCGCUAGGAUUCAAACGCGACGAGUCUUUUGAGCAGACCGUCCGGGACUACAAGCAAGAACUGGAGCAGUCAUGA